GUGUCAUUCUAACGCAUCUCCUCCUAUUAAUCCCCGUCUCAGCGGCGCGGUGGCCGCCACGUCACCAGUCGAUCCCUUCCUUCUGCCGGUGCGCGUCGAGAUCCGUUAACAGGCGCCCCCCUCCGGCUCCGGCGACAGAGAGGGAGGCCACCGACGGCGGCCGGCGACCGAAGAUGUUCCUUGUGGACUGGUUCUACGGGGUGCUCGCGUCGCUCGGACUGUGGCAGAAGGAGGCCAAGAUCCUCUUCCUCGGCCUCGACAACGCCGGCAAGACCACGCUCCUCCACAUGCUCAAGGACGAGAGGUUGGUUCAGCAUCAGCCUACACAGUAUCCAACUUCUGAAGAGCUGAGCAUCGGAAAGAUCAAGUUCAAGGCAUUUGAUUUAGGAGGCCAUCAGAUUGCCCGCCGUGUGUGGAAGGAUUACUAUGCCAAGGUUGAUGCAGUGGUGUACCUUGUGGACGCGUAUGACAAAGAGAGGUUUGCCGAAUCCAAGAAGGAGCUCGACGCCCUCCUCUCAGACGAUUCGCUGGCCACCGUCCCCUUCCUGAUCCUGGGCAACAAGAUCGACAUCCCCUAUGCCGCCUCAGAGGAAGAGCUCCGCUACCACAUGGGUCUUAGCAACUUCACGACUGGCAAGGGCAAGGUGAGCCUCAGCGAGUCCAAUGUCCGCCCCCUGGAGGUCUUCAUGUGCAGCAUCGUCCGCAAGAUGGGCUAUGGCGAAGGGUUCAAGUGGAUGUCGCAGUAUAUCAAGUAGGUCAGGCAGGGGGGAGUGGUGAAAGAAACAAAAGAGUUAUAACUAGUCAUGGUGAUCAUCCUGUUUUACCUUGUCACAAGAGUGUUAGGGAGCUAGCUGGUCAUGGUGCCAGUACAUAUGUGAUGUAAUGGAUGUAGUUCAAAGUCUGGGGACUCCGUCCUAGAUUUUUUUGGUUGAGUUAUUACAAUGUGAUGUCGAAAAGGUGAUAUGCUUUGGACUCCAUUGCUGGUGCUCCAUGGUAUUCUGAA